AGAGGGUCCCAUCAGUAACAUGGUUAACCUGACAGUCACUGGUGGAUCAGUGAUCCUGCAGAGUCCUGUCCUCCCUGUGAUGGAGGGAGAUGACGUCACUCUGCUCUGUAAAACAAAGACCACUCCCUCCAACCUCCCAGCUGCUUUCUAUAAAGAUGGCUCCCUCAUCAGGAAGCAGCCUACAGGUCACAUGACCAUCCAGCAUGUUUCCAGGUCUGAUGAAGGCCUCUACAAGUGUGACAUCAGCGGUCAUGGAGAGUCUCCAUCCAGCUGGAUCACUGUCACAGACGAGAAGUUCAAAGGAAAACUGAAAGGGAGGAGUUGGAGAUGAUGACAUCACAUACAGCAAAGGCUCAAGUCAUCAACAACAGCCAAUCAGAGGAAG